ACGUACACCCGUGCACGGAUGGGGCUCUCCAUUCUCAGCCACGAUCGGCCGCCUCCCGACGUGGUCCCCGCUCUGCCAAGCUGCCAAGUGCGAAACGCUCCUCCCCGUCAAGGCUGCUUCUUCAAGUGCUUGCCUUCCAAACAUUUCUUCCCGUGCCGUGGCCACGCUUCGUGCUGCUGCCUCGUGAGUCGUGAGCGUGUCUCCACCGCCAGCCGCGCCAUUCCCCCUGCCUGGCUCCGACACGGCGACACCCCGGCCCUCCACGCGCGCGCCCGACGGAACGGAAUGCCGGCGGAGCGCGUCGACGUCGCGGUCCUCUCGAGGACGCUGGUGCGGGCGUCCGACCCGCCGCGGGGCUUCCCCGCGGUCCUCCCGGUCUCCAACCUCGACCUCAUCCUCGGCUCCUUCCACAUCUACCUCGUGUCCGUCUACCCCGCCCCGGCCGCGGGCUUCCCCGCCGUGGCCGCGGCCGCGCGCGCCGCCCUGCCGGCCUUCCUCUCCCGCUUCUUCCCCUUCGCCGGCCGCGUCGUGGCCGACGCCUCCACCGGCGUGCCCGCGAUCGCCUGCGACAACGCCGGCGCGGAGCUCGUGGUGGCGGAGGCCGCGGCGCGGCUGGCGGACGUCGACUUCACCGACGCCGGCCGCUCGCUCGCCCGCCUCGCCGUGCCGUUCCAGCGCGGCCUCGCGCUGUCGCUGCAGCUCGUCCGGUUCGCCUGCGGCGGGUUCGCGCUCUCGUGGGGCACCGACCACCUGCUCGCCGACGGCCACGGCAUCACGGCGCUGCCCAACGCGUGGGCGGAGCUGCUCCGCACCGGCGGCCUCUCGUGGGAGCCGCACCACGAGCGGGCGUCCCUCUUCCGCCCGCGCUCGCCGCCGCGGUUCAGCCCGUCGCUGGACGCCGAGUUCACGCGGUACGCGCCGGCGCGCCUCCCCAACGCGCUCCUCGCGGCCGCCCUCGUGCGCCGCAACUACGUGGUCGCCGCCGCGGACGUCGCCCGCCUCCGCGCCGCGGCCAGCACCCCGGCCCGCCGCGCCACCCGGCUCGAGGCCCUGUCCGCGCACGUCUGGAAGCUGCUCGCCGCGGCCGCGCGCGGCUCCGACGAGCGCUGCUGCCGCAUGGCGUGGCUCGUCGACGGCCGGCCCCGCCUCGACCCCUCCAGAUUCGACGCCGGCACCGUGCGCCGGUACCUCGGCAACGUGAUCACGUACGCGUCGCGGGAGGCGGCCGUGGACGCCGUGUCGUCGUCCCCGCUGCCCGAGGUGGCGGCGAUGGCGGGCGCGGCCAUCGCGGGGGUGUUCCGGUCGGAGCGGUUCGAGGAGCUGGUGGACUGGAUGGAGGCGCGCAAGGGGGUGUUCCGGGAGGGCGGCAAGUGGACGGAGGCGGUGGGCGUGGGCACGGGGAGCCCCGCGCUGGUGGUCUCGGCGUUCGUGGCGUUCCGCGUGGAGGGGGACUUCGGGUUCGGGCGCCCGCGGCUGGUGAUGCCGUGGGUGCGCCCGGGGCGGCUGGGCUCGGCGGCCAUGACGGUGGCGCGGAGCCCGCGGGAGGACGGGUCCUGGGUGAUCACCGCCAGGCUGUGGCCGCGCUUGGCCGACGCCGUGGACGCGGACCCGGAGGCCGUGCUCAAGCCGGCCACGGCCGCGGCGCUCGGGUUCGCCGCGCUCGAGCCGGCAGACGUGGCGCCGCACGCGAGCCGCUUGUGAGGGACGAGCCUACUACCCGUGGCCCUCAGUGCAAGUGCAGGGCGGCUGGGAGCUGUGGCGCCGACACGCUGUACAGUGGCAAUUCUUAAGUCUUCUUGUCCGUGCCAUCUCAAGACAAAAUAUUUUGGACCGUGGUGUUCAAUUACUUUUCCCCCGUGCCGGUCCUUGCGACAAGUUUUCAGUCGUGACCGAACAAGUAGCUGUCCGACUAUCCAGACCUUUUGCAGAAGUGUAUCUUUGCAAGUGAAGGGGUGAUGUCAGGAGAUUAUUCUGUAAUUACCUUUUUCUACAUUUGAAUUAUUCCAGUCCAUCGAUGUGGUAGACGGGAAGAACUUCAUUUUUAUCGGACGUACUAGUAGAGGAUAGCGACUUCUUCGUUGGACA